AUGAAAUUAUCUGGUCCCCCUCCUAAACCUAUGAAAGAAUUUAUUGAAGAACGACUUGGUGUGGAAUUGAAUAUUUUCAGUUAUCUCACAGGAAUCACCUUGGAUAAUUGCCAUUAUAAAGAUUUUGCAGUUUAUGCUACUUGGAAUUUUGAUAUUACUUCUAAACUUGAAUUAGAAUCUUCUUCUAAGAAAGGAAAAGAAAUUGAUUCAGGUUCAACUAGUUUACUAAAUCAUGUUAUAUCAAUUGCAACUAUUUGUUGCAAACCUCAUAAUGAUCGAAUUAAAGGACUUAGUAUAAAUACUCUAGUUCGCUUAUUUCAAAUAAUGUUAAUCCGAUUCCCGGAAAAAAUCAUGUCGGAGUUUAUAUAUACUUUUAUCUUCUUAGAAGGACCUACAAAAGUUCCAAAUUUUAUUAAUCACUUAAUAGAAUUAAAGACUUUCAUGUCUAUGCAUCUUUCGUGGUGGUUAUCGAAUUUACAUCAACAAGAAAAACAACAAGAAAAAGAAAUGGCAUUGGAAGAAUUGAGAUUACCGGUUGCAAAAUAUACUUUCAUAUGGUUAGUUGAUAAAGAUGUGUUAUCAAAGGUAGAUUCUGAAUCAGCAAUAUUUAUUAAAUUGAUCAAACCAACCACUUCAAGUUCUAUGAGUAAAAAUCACAAAAAUCGCAAAAAUCAAAGAAAUAGAAAAAAGCAAGGAAAAAAUACCAAAAAAAGUGACAAUAACAAUAAGGAUCAAGAUCAACCAUCUCAUUAUUACUUUGAUAGUAUUUCUUUAUCAGCGACGGAAUCUCCAACUUUAACCUGUUCAUUUCAUCUUCCUAUUGCAUUCUAUGAAUCGCAUCUUGAUUGGAUAUUAGAAUGUAAUAUAGGAUCAAUUACUAUUUUACCAUCAAGUAACAAAUUUACUUUAUCCAGAGUUAAGCAAACCAAUGAUAAAUAUUUUGAUAAUUGGAUUGAUUUUUUAUCAUCUCAAUAUAAUAAUAAUGAGAGUGGUGGUGAAUAUGGUUGGAAUGAUGAAAAAGAUGAAAGUAUUAAAAAUAUUGAUGAUAUUACAAAUGAUUCUAGAGAAUGUAAAAAUUGUAAAAAGGUUUUUAAUAUCAAAAGUGGUGGUGGUACGUGUAGUAAAUGUAAGUCUGCAUUUUAUUGUUCUAAGAAUUGUCAGAAUCAAGAUUGGAAAAGACAUAAGAAACAAGAUUGUGUUGUUCAUAAAUCAUAA